UACGAAGCGGCCCCACACGAACCUCAAUGUCCGAUCUGUAGUCAUUUUGCCUUAGAUAAGCAUAGCUGCUACCGCCACCUUUGCACACACCUUCCUCGACAACUACUUCAGCCAGCAAAGGAUGUCUCUUUUCGACCAGAGGCCGAAUGGCGGACAGCCGCUACGCGCACAGGGAGCUCGCCCAGACCGCAGCCGUGGACGCGGAGGGGCGGGACAACAGCGCGGCCCAGCGGGACCAGCAGCGGGCCAGCAGCAGCAGAUGGUCGACCUGACGGCGAGGCUCGCGCUCACCCUCGCACGGGAACAAGCAGAACUGGCCCCCGCAGUACUUCAGACGUGGGAGAUCGGAACGGAAGCCAAUAUCGCUACAUCGGGACUCGAAGCAGGGCGCGCCUACAACGAGGAGGCUCAGGACCUGAACCAGCGCGCCAAGGCCGGCGAGGCAGUCGACACGGCGCAGCUUGGAAGCCCGCACCUGAAGGUCUGGACGGAGGUCUGCGCCUACCUGGGCAAGACGCUCGAGGAAGGGGCUUCCAAGCAGCACGUCGAGCAGUACUACCGCGACAAAGUACUCAACGCCGCUCCAGAAGCGCUCGGAGAUUCAGUACCAGUAUUUCGCGUUCGGCGCAACAAAGGCAAGGAUGGCAACGGGAAAGACAAGUGCAGGUUCCAGUUCACUUUCAACGCGAACGAUCACCAGAUUGCGACAGUGCUAGUCAACCAGCUCAAGAAGGAGGGAGCCACGCGCCGCGUGGGCUCGGCGCCGCGCGGGGCGCUGGAGCGGGAACUCGGGCGCCUGGUCAACGGCUGACCGCCGAACGACACGCAAAGGACGCCAGAGAAGAGCAUGCCGUAGGCUUACGCCAAAUCCAGAGUGAGGGAACGCCCCGCGCCGUGCCCAGAGCGUUCGAAAAUAGUGUACGAUUCCGAG